AUGGCUGAUUACGACAUGCAUAAUACACAAUUAGCGGGAGGUAAUAAUGCUGGCGUGCCUUUUGGUGGUGGUAAUAAUAAUGGCAAUGAGUAUGUAGUUUUUGAUAGAAGUACAGAAGAGUUUUCAAAAGGUGCAUUGGAUAGAUCAACUGCAGCAAAACUUAAAUUGGAACAUUUUUAUAAGGUGACUUUAGAUCAAGCACGAGAACAAGAAUGUUCAGAUGAACGAAAGAAUAGACAACUUUCAUCGCUCGGAACCAAAGAGUCGCAAUUUUUGAGACUUAGAAGAACUAGAAUAGGUUUGGAAGAUUUUCUUACUAUUAAAGUUAUUGGUAAAGGUGCUUUUGGUGAGGUCCGACUAGUUCAAAAGGCAGAUACUGGUAAAAUAUAUGCAAUGAAAACAUUGAGAAAAACUGAUAUGUUUAAAAAAGAUCAGUUGGCUCAUGUAAGAGCUGAACGUGAUAUAUUAGCGGAAGCCGAUUCACUAUGGGUUGUGCAAUUGUAUUUUUCAUUUCAAGAUACAUCAUAUCUUUACUUAAUUAUGGAAUUCUUACCAGGUGGUGAUUUAAUGACAAUGUUAAUGAAAUAUGAUACAUUCACAGAACACGUAACAAGAUUUUAUAUAGCAGAGUGUGUGUUAGCGAUUGAUGCAAUUCAUAAACUGGAUAUUAAACCGGAUAAUAUUUUAAUUGAUAAAGAUGGUCAUAUUAAAUUAUCUGAUUUUGGACUUUCAACAGGAUUCCAUAGAACUCAUGAUUCUGCAUAUUAUCAAAGACUUCUGGAAGGUUCUCAUAAUACAAUAGGCCAUAGAUCGUUAAAUAGUGAACCUAACAUCAAUUUAACAUUAUCAAAUAAGGAUAGAAUCGCCACAUGGAAAAGGAAUAGGAGGGCAUUGGCUUAUUCUACAGUUGGCACACCUGAUUACAUUGCACCUGAAAUUUUUUUACAGCAAGGAUAUGGAAAAGAAUUAAAUAAAAACAAAGCUCAAGAUAUACAUAAUGGAUCAACCAGGUCCCCAUUAUGUCGUGUACGUCUAAUAUUUGAUCUUGAAAUUCCAUAUGAUUUGUCUGCAGACAAAAGCCUUGUUUUGGGUUUCAUACAUAGCUUAUGGAAGAUUCAUCUAGGUUUGGAAAAGACUAUGAAAGAUAUGGAUAGCAUAUGUGAUAAGAUACAAGAACAGCAACAAGAACUUCUUGCUCAAUUAUCUAAUG